AGUGAAAAACUUAGGGUAAGUGGGGUAUUCGCUACUCAUUGGGAUUCCAGAAUGUCUCGUCGCAAUUUUUCAACUAACGCGAGAAUUAACACAUGUUCUCGUUAUCACGCUGUCAGGUAUCCUGCAGAAGUCCUGGAUUUUGAAUACGACCACGAGAGGUGGACACGAGGAUUAAUCAUUGAUACAGAGCGCGGAAAUUUCUUGAAGAUCGAUAGACACAAAUAUGUCCGUGUUGCCUACCACGGAAUGGAGAAGAUCGAUUCUAGAACGAGGAAAGUUUUAUAUUCGAAGAAUUUCAAUAAGGUCGAAAGUUUCUCAGAAAAAUCUUAUGUGAACAUGGAUACUCUCUUUCAAUUCGUAGAUGCCCAUCUAUUUGCCUUGCUGAUCGACAUGAAGGACAAUGGAGAAUACGAGUUCUUGGAUUUCAAAACAUACUUGGAAAUCUAUCGGAACAUCCGGGAAAGCGUUGAUCUCUGUCAUCGAGACGGUGUCAUCAAGGACGAGGUAGCACGCAAUCCUGAAAAGUAUCUUGUUCUAGACAAAGGAAUGAUGCCCAUGUUACGAAGAUAUAAGAAGGAUGGCAUGAAGCUGUUCCUGUUGACGAAUUCGUUCUGGGAGUACACAUCGACUGCCAUGAAUUAUAUUUAGUAAGUUUUGUUUGUGAUGCCUUUUCGGCUGGCAAGUCUGCGAAGCGCAAUUCUAAACUAUUCCUCUCUUAUAACAUUUCUUUAUUCAGUCAUGGUAAGAAGGUAGACGAAGAGACGCAAAAAAAGAACGAGUGGCUUGAACUAUUUGACGUCGCGUAAGUUGAAUCAUUUCAUGAACGUGGUAUGGACGCAAUGUGAAACUUCAAAAUACGCAUCUCUGUGAAGUCGGCACGCCCUAAUUUUAUUUUUUUCCGCAAUUCGAUUUUCUAUGCUGGAAUAGGAUUGCUGGAUCAUGUAAGCCUGCCUUUUUACUUGAUCCGUAUCUUCAACUAUUUCGAGUGAACAUGGAAGAUGGUUCAUUGAAAAACACUGACGGAGUUUUCGAGAUGAAAGCAACGCCGAACGGCGUCGAAGGAUUUCUGGAGAAAGGAAAGGUUUUCCAAGGAGGAAACUGGCAACAUCUUCACAAACUGAUGGGCGUUACAAGUGGUGACGAAAUACUGUAUGUCGGGGACCACUUAUAUUCAGAUGUGCUCAGGUCGAAGCGUACACUGGGUUGGAGAUCUUUGUUCAUCAUGCCAGAGCUGGAAGAUGAAAUGAGAGUAUUUGCGGAAACUCUACCACUUCGAAAGAAAAUUGAAUAUUUGAGAAGACUUCGCGAGGAACUCAGUCGAAAAGCAGAGGAUAUCCGUCGAGAGAACGAUAAUGACGAUCCUUCCAUCCAAAAGAUUUUAGACGAGAUGGAUGAAGACGAAGCGUCCAUCAAAGCGACCUUGUCUCCUCUCGUUGAACAAUGGCAUCGUUCUUUCCAUCCUUUGUGGGGAGCCAUGUUUAAUGCUGGAUACCAAGACUCGCGUUUCGCAUUUUUCGUUCAGAACUACUCUUGCCUGUAUACUUCACGAGCUUCCAAUCUUGGUCUCGUAUCGACCAAAAAAUCGUUCCGCACUGUAAUGGAGUCGGUACCCAACGACCGGCUUGUCUUUGAUCCUCAAACAACGCUUGAUGAUAGCGACCCAUGGGAAUAGAUUCCAAUGAAUUCUCUUGAAAGAC